CGGAUUAUUACCCUUCCACCUACGAGUUGAAGAAGAGGCUGUCAGGCAACUCAUCAAACAGUUGCGGCGUCCAUCUUCUUUCUCUGAUGAAUAUUUCCUUCCAGAAGAGUAUGAAAUACCGGCUCCUAAUUUUCGUACCCAUCCAUCAUUUAAAGGCAUAGGUGUUCGCAUCCAAGUCCAGCCAACUACUACAGCUCUGUCUUCUCAAAUAGAAAUUUAUACAGACGGCUCGAAAAUUAACGAAAACACAGGCAGUGCUUUUGCUGUUUUGCGGGAUCAUAUAGUUACACAUCAUUGGAGAGGUCAACUGCGCUCUCAAAAUUCAGUCUUCCAAGGUGAAGCGAUUGCUAUUGCACAAGCCUUACGCUACCUAAUCUUUUACGGUAUUAAAAAAGCAGUUAUAAAAACAGACAGUCUAUCGUCGUUGCAUGCUUUGGGUAAUCCUGACCAUCCAUCUACCAUCAUCCAAACCAUUCAGCAGGACCUAAGAGAGCAUUUCCCCCAUCAGCUUAAACUUGAGUGGAUCAAAGCUCAUGCUGGGCAUUACGGAAACGAAACUGCAGACAGUCUAGCCAAAGAGGCAGCUUCAGGCAAUGCAGAUACUCAAGUCAAUAUCCCAUGGCCUAUUUCUUAUCUAAAGAAAUGCCUGAGAUUGAAGGCCAUUGGACGAUGGCAAGAGGAAUGGGACGAGGGCUCAACCGGUCGACGAACGCAGUAUCACAUAGCGUAUGUGGACACUGACCGUAUCAUUUCCAACCCUCAGCUCGUUCGAUUUAUCACUGGCCAUGGUCCAUUUCCGCAAUAUUUUGCAAAACGCGGACUCAGCCAUACUGAGUUCUGCUGCUGCGGAGAUAUAUGGGAUCCCCAGAGCAUUACCUGA